AUGCCUCCUGUACGCCCUCGAGUACAAUGUUCAGAGCAACUCAAGAUGCUACUUCAAAGACUCACUAAUACACCAAUGGCUAUCCAAAUGCAACCUGCCCAUGGUACUAGGGAAAGGGGCACAAUUACUCAUGGUACAAGGGGACAUGGGGUAGCUGCUACCUCAGCCAGUGCUGCCACAUCUUAUGGUGAUGCUCCUACUAGUGGUAUCAGCAAGAUCCGGUGGGAGACACCAAACUGCAAUCAAAUGUCUGCCUUUGUGACGUACCUCAGCACCCAUCCUGCCAACCAUCAAAUAUUAUUUUACAAAGGCAAGAAAUUUCACCCUUCUGAUGACAGCCUUCCUUCUGGGAGUGAUAAGGGCAAAAUACAUGCAGUAAUUGCCAAACAUAUAUUUAAGAAGGAUGAGAUGUAUCAGUUGAUGUAUGCUGAGGAUCAGACGAAGUUCACACAGGCUGUGGGCAACUGCCUCACUUAUCUCAAGGGUAAAUAUAAGACCCAUUGUGCACGCUUCAAGCAGACAGGCACUGGAGUCAAUCCGGAGGAACCUGGUGCCGCAGUGAAUCUACUAGUGCAAGUUUUAAGUGACUUCCCAUGGUACGAAGAUCUCGAUGAUAUCUGGAGAGAUAACUCUGCAUAUGCUGCCAAAACCUUCUUAGCAAAGGAAAAAGAAAAGCCUCUCCCUCUCCCGAUCAAUGAUCCUGAUGAUCCAAUGAUUAUCAUUGACAAUGCUCCCAACACUCAUGAUGUUGAAGACAAGCACAUUGAUAGUGCUGAAGACCAUCCUCCUGCUGUCAAUGAUUACCUACCCCAUGAUACCAUGGACCCUGUUAUUGACAGCUUCACCAUGGGUGAGGAGCUCAAUUAUGAUGAGCAAGACAUCACCAUGCAGGAGGAUCAGGGGAAAGUAGAGUGUGAAGAAGCACUCACAAUCCAGCAGUCCCUCUCUAACAAAUGCCUGCUCUCCUCCCCCUCCCCACCCCAUAUGCAUACCUGCAACCACUCAUCUCUUGGAACAUUCAAAACUCAUGCUGAUUGUGUGAUGGGCCAUGGACUCAUGCGCUCACCAAAACCACCAUCAUCUGUUGCAUUGUCAUCUAUGAAGACAAUGAUAUGCUCUACAUCCUUGGGACUUUCAACACCAUCUUCCUCCUCACACCAACAGACCAUACUCAACAAUAGUGGUGCAAAAAAAUCUCACCUUGGGAAGAAUAUUGGGUCGAAGGUCAGGAGUGUCUGUGAGAAAGUCAAGACGCUAACCAACAACAUGUUGUACAUCUACACUGUAAAGGCGGCGACCUUUGAGUACAAGAUCACCAAGGUCAAUGCUCUCUGUCAGAAAUAUGACCUCGACUUCCAAUGUAAGAAAGCUCAGCUCAAAUACAACAAGGCUGUCAUUGUACAUCAGUGCUGUCAAGAGUCCAAGACUUUUGACCUUCAAGUUCUCGAAGCUCAAGCCAAGGUUCAUGCUGAGCGAAAAGCCGCCCUUCAGCUCAAAAUUGAGCUUCUCAAAUUGAAGGGAGGUGUGGCUGAUUAG